AUAAAAAGAAAUAAAAUGAUAAAAACCAUAAAACUAUCCCACCAUUGACGAUCUAAAAAGCUUUCUUGAUGAGCUCUCUUUCAAUCUCCACUCGCAAUCCCUAAAUAAUUUCAGUGCGGAGUCUUGAAUUUGUUCUUCUUUUACAUCCCUUGCAGCAGAAGAUUCGUGUUGUUAUUGUUGUAGCGAUCUCAAUCAAAUUAACUGGAAAGUUCUGAAGUUCGACAGCAAUCUCCAAACUAUUGAAUUUCUCUCUUCAAACAAAAUCCUCAUAGUUGCAGAAAUGGCAAUGACCAUUGAAGGUUUGUCCGUAUGUUCCUUCUUUCGAACUGUUGAUGAUAACUUUAUUGUCAUUUUCUGCUGAUCAUAAUUUUGCAAUUGUACUAUGUAAAUUUUGGUGUUUUGUGUCGGUGUGGUAGCUCUUCCAGCCAAUGUGUAAGAAAAGUACAGUCUUGUGAUGGAUAGCGUACCUAUAUGAAUAAAACUGGCUGCAUUUUGGCUCUUUGGAUAACAUUGAUCUUUGUUGUUUUUGUUAGAUUUUUUGGUUAGCUUAGUUAUUGCAUUUCUGUCUACUUCAAUAAAUGGAACCCAAAUUUAAAUUCUUUUUCUUCAAAUUGUGCUAAGGUGAAAAAAUGUCUAACAAAUUCAGGAUCAGUUAUUAUUUGGAUAAGUCUAAGACGAGUAGUCAGAAUUGCUUGCUUGUCCUACAGGAGGAGAAUUAUUCUCUCAAAAAGUAAGAUUGAAUGGUUAUCAUCCUCGUUUACCUAGGAAACUGACGCAUAUAUAAAGUUGUGUUGGUGUUAUAUAAUAUGUGGUAUGGAAUCGUGUUAGUUGAUGAGUUGCACUGUAUUCUAUUUAUUCAGUUGCAUUACUCGGUUUCAGUUAGACCCUAUAUGGAGGAAAGUGAAAUGUACUAAAUGUGCCUUGGUUGAAUUGGAUUGAUGCAGUAUUGACCUGUCCUCUAUGUUUUGAUAGCUAAAGUGUCAGCUUUCUCGUUUUAGUUUAUGUGGAGCUCAUACAUACAACAAAAUGAAGUGAUUUAUGUUUGAAUACGAUUUUACAUGCUUUCUUAUUCGACUAGGUGACGUCACAAUCAUUAUAGCACAAACACAUCAGGGUAUUGGUCUUCCGUCAUGAUUCCUUCACAUUAAGUGGGCAGCUUCUGAUGGGAACUGCUUGAGUUUUGCUUUUUUGUAAAGCCUGCAUAUUUAUUAAAAAUUAAGUUAAGAAUUUGAUGAAUAAGGACACAGUAUCAGAUUUUAUUGGAAAAGUUGGUUAUGCUUUGAAGUGAAUAUAUGAUUAUCAUGAGCUUCAUAAAUGCUUGAAUUAGCCGAGUGGGUGAUAUCAAUAUGUUCUUGAACCUCUACAAUAAAAAGGGCUACUCUACUCCACCAUUCUUUUAUUUGACGCUCAAAAUUAUCCGGAAUCAGCUUAACGUAUGAUUCAAUCUGUUUGGGUUUUCGUAUUUCCUGCCAAUCUGCUCUAUUAUGUUCAGUAUCUUGCAACAGUUGGUGUUAUAGACAGAAAGCUUACCAUCUGGUCCAUUUCAAUUAUAGUUUCUGGUGUUGAUUCUUUGCAGUGCACGUCUACAUGCAUGUUUUCUUUUUGCUACAAUUGUGUAUUUGGCAUCUUAAAGUAUAUUUCCAAAGCAAAAUCUAAUAAGCUUUUUUAUUUUGAACUUGAUUCUGCUUCCUUUGCCUGGUGAUUUGCUGCUGCGUGGCUGGUCUGCUCCUCGGUGGAUGCAGUUCUUGCAGGACUUGCUUUCAUGUUUUCAGCUAGCAUCCUGCUCCAAAUCUUGGCUUGUGCAAUAUACAACAACUGGUGGCCGAUGCUAUCAGCUCUAAUGUAUGUACUGGUGCCAAUGCCUUGUCUGUUUUUUGGCGGUGGGUCCACUCAGUUCCUAACCAGUCGAGAUGGUGGGGGGUGGAUGGAUGCUGCUAAGUUUUUAACUGGAGCAUCUGCUGUCGGAAGUGUGGCUAUUCCAAUUAUUCUGAGGCAUGCAGGCUUAAUUGGGACUGGAGCUAUGUUCAUUGAGUUCACAUCUUUCUUCAUUUUCGUCUGCACAGUCCUUUGCUUUCAUCGUGCUAGUCUUGAUGACGAGUGGUAACAUCUUCAUGAGUGCAUUAAGUGAUACUUACUGUAAAUCCCAUACCAGUCAAAUGUUGGAUUAGCUGACGCUACGGGAAGAAAUAUUUAGCAAGAAAGUACUGGAAAGGGUGAAAAAGCAGGGAUAAUACUUUCCACCAUGUACAGAUAAAUUCUUGGUGGUCUGAGUUCGGUAAGGUCGUGACCAGUUCAUGUAAAACUUUCAACCUGGAUUAAUUGCUCCGGAGACCAAGGGAAGGCGAGUUUGGGUGCUCAAUGGUGUACAAUUUGAAAUAAUUUAUUUGUAUGAUGGCUCCUUGAUUCAUUAA